AUGACAAGAGAACAGUUGAAAAAGACGAUGACUGUUAUGAAGAAUCAGUGUAUGCCGAAACACAAGGUUACAAAUGACAAAGUUGGGCAAAUCGAGCAAGGAGUAUUUAUCGAAGAUCACGAUGUUAUGUGCUACAUAUCAUGUGUCUAUAAAGCUGCUUUAGUGGUAAAAAACGAAAGACUCGAUAAAGCUCUUAUAUCGAAACAAAUAGACAUUCUUUAUCCAAAAGAACUCAGAGCUACAGUUAAAAGUGGAGUUCAGAGCUGUUGUGCAGUUCAGGACAAGUACGAGGAUGGUUGUGAAGGAAUUUUCCAUGCCACUAAAUGCUUAUACGAAUACGAUCCACCGAGCUUUGUUUUUCCAUAA